CAUCCGUUGUUGACGCCGCACACCCACCGGAGCUGCUUUAGGUCUUCCUCAACACACUUCCCUAACCUCCAUCCUCCCGAGAUCCUCCGCAUAGGAGCCCCAGCACCGAAUCCCCCACCCUGGACACACGCCCCGAUCGGCCGCCUUCUCCGUCUUCGCCACCGGCCCGGGAUUACAGGAUUCGCCGCGGGAAGCAAGCUGGCCCCAUCUGGUCUCCGGCGGUCACUCUGACAACCUGGCAAACGCAUAUCCGGCGCCCUUUCGGCUUGUAUAUCAACUGUGGAAGAGGGGGCGCCGGUGUUGACCAAGCUGCCGCGGCUGACACGCGGGAGUAUGUGUUCGUUUCGGACUCCGGGAGUCCGCGUCCGACCGAUCUCUCUCUCUCUCUCUCCCUUAUAAAAGUUGGGGAAAGGAGAGGUUUUUGCAUCUUUGGGGGCAAUUUACGAAUCAUCUUGUCUUAACCAACACGCCGCGGACGCCUUCUACGCCGAGAUUAUAAUUCAGGGGUGCAGAUUAUCUCAUAGUUGAUCAAUUUUGGGUGACAUGAUGAUCGGGAAUAAGAGAAGGGCUGUAGCAUCUGGUGCUGCACAUUUCCUGCCGGAGGAGAUGAUGACAGAGGUGUUCCUACGGCUGCCUGUCAAAUCCAUUCUUCGCUUUCGGGCCGUCUGCCGGUCCUGGAAUGCAGUGCUUUCAUCCGAUGAAUUCUGCUGCCUCCACAUGGCCAGGGCUGAAGCAGAGCCAGCGCCUCCUAGUCUGUUCUUCACUUCACCAACAGCUGGUUUUGACGCCACUGCGGUGUACUUGAGCUCAUCAUCAGGCCCCGAUGACGGCCUGCUGUUCACUCUUGAUGAUGUAUGUGGCGGUGACUUCAUCCACAUGACACCUGCACCGUGCCGUGGCCUCACCCUCCUACACGAUCCUUUUGCACCAGCUUACUAUGUCUUCAACGCAUCCACAAGGGCAGUUACCCGGUUGCCCCCGUGCCACAAUGCGCACUAUGUGACCGCUGGGCUUGGGUUUGAUGCCCGGACGAAGAAGUACAAGGUGGUGAGGUUAUUCCGAGGGGAUCCUGGUGAUAAGCAGCAUAUCAAGUGCGAGAUAUACACGCUGGCGUGUGAUCAUGGGAAUGGAUGGAGGCCGCCUGCUGCAGGUGUACCCUUCAGAUUCUGCAGGGCUGCUGUGGCAGCCAUCCACCAUGCUAGAUGGGAUAAACUGCUGCCAGUAUAUGCGAAUGGGUGUCUGCAUUGGCUUCUCUGUCUCUCAUUCAUCGUUAAACGGCCACGAGCUGCCAUCCUAUCCUUUUCUGUCACAGAUGAGACCUUUGCAUGGGUCCGGUCGCCGCCGUUUGAAGCAUCAGGUGUGCACUUGGUGGAGCUUGCAGGCCACCUGUGCAUGGUCCGGGACCUUCGUCAUGUUGGCGUGCUAGAGAUUUGGAAGCUGAAUGACUGUAGCUCUGGUGGUUGGUCAUUGGAACAUCGCAUUGAUCUGUUGCAGCAUGUUGGCAGAGAUGUUGUAAUUGAGCCUGAGAUUGUUAGAGUUAUUGGUUCUGUUGGCAGUUGUGUGUCCACAAAGAGGAUAGUCAUUGCUACAUCCAAACGCAAGGUGAUUGUCUAUGAUCCCGUGUCUCAGACUGUAGAAACUGUCACUGCAAUCAGAGAGACCCAUUCAUCUUACCAAGCUGAAAAUCUUGCUCUUACUAGUGUCUCCCUGUUUCAAGAGAGCCUGGUUCCAGUGCAUCAGACAAAUGAAGAGAGGGCCCUGUCAGCUCCCCUGGCUAAAGCGACUAGGGAGAUCUUGCUCCGACUCCCAGGUGAUUGUACCAUGCGAUUCAAACUUGUCUGCAAGCAGUGGCUUAGCUUGAUUGAGAGUAACAGCUUUGUGCACUCUUAUCACUCGCAUAACAACAUGGACAAGAGGCCCAAGAUCAUGCUUGUGGGCAAGGGCAUCACUUGGGAUCGCAUCACUAGAGGAUCAGGCUUCAGUUUUACUCCCUGCUCAAAGUUGCUCCAACGUGCUCGUAGACAUGAUAUAUGGCUUGACACGAAGGUGGUUUGCUCCAAGCCUUGCCAUGGCCUGAACCUGCUAAGCACUGAGCUGAAGGACUAUCUCUACAACCCCUGUACAGGUUUCUGUCGUAUGUAUCACACUCGAGGGGAGGCAUCCGUCCACGUACCCUGGAAUAUUCGUAGCUAUGGUUGUGUACCAGAAUGCCUGCAUGCUUUUGCAGUUGGCAGCAAGAAUGUUGGCCUGGGGUUCAAUCUGUCGACGCAGGAUCACGUGAUUGUUGAAAUGUUUUACCACAUGAAGGACUUCAAAUCCCGUCGAUAUUUCUUGACAUGCAUAGUGUCCGAGUGUACAAGGGGCUCUGUCAGUGACGGCUUCCCGCCACCUCUGCCUGUGAGUGACAUGCCGCCGGUGUAUCUUGCAGGAGUGCUCUACUGGAUGACUGAUCCAAGGUUGGGCGAAAGUGAUGCGAGGGCUGUUGUGUCGUUUGACAUAACAAGAAGUGAAUUUAGUGUCAUCCCCUGUCCGCAAUGUAUUGCUAAGUGGAACUGCGGAAUUGCUUCCAGUGCUUUUCUGGUUGAGCUUGAGGGGACAUUAUGUGCUGUUCUUGCAGACCCUGAUGCAGAAGAGCUAAGUAUUUGGAAGCGAGAGAAUGGUCAGUGGCAUAGCGCAUACACGGUGUAUUUGGAAGGUUGGCCAGGCUAUUCCCUUGGGGCAAAUGUUGUGGUGCCAUGGGCUAUCGAUCCCAAGGACGGGAAGAUCUUGCUAAACACGGGGAGGAAAUUGGGAUUCUAUGAUCCAGCAAGGCGUUUUAUUGAGAACCUGUAUGAUCUUGAAGAGGUGCUGCGUGUCAGGAGUACAGAGCAAUCCUCUCAUAUUGGAGUCCCUGAAAAUCUUUGCAUUGCCAAAUGCAAACAUGAUGUUGAGAGGUUCUGUUCACAGAAAUCACUUUUUGUGCAGCACAAGGUUUCAGAUGAUCCUUCGCCUGCUUUAUCUGGAAAUAGUUCUGCAUGCUCCAGCGGAGAGCAAUGUUUGGAUAGAAGAAAUUCAUUACAUACUGAAAUAAUACCCUUGGUCCCUAUAUUAUACGGGGAGAGUCUGACAAGUUUUCCCCGAAAGCGCAAAUCAAACGUUUUAUUAGAUAUUUUAGCAUCACAAUUUCCAUAAUACUAGUCCAUCAAUGUAUAUAAUGUUUUAUCAUGUUCAUGUCCAAUUGGAGAUAGGCUGGUAAACUGGUGCUCCUAGGCUGGUUACUUGAGAGUGCACAUGCAGAAACUAUUGGUGACGGCCACCGUCAUUUCAGAUCCUUUGGUAGGCAGAAAGUGUUCCUGUGUUUUUUCUGAACCAGUUUCUUUUGUUCACUGCAUUAUGUAUAAAAGCGAAAAAUCAUUCCCUUUAACCUUUAAUCAUUUCUGGAGUUUGUGGUGCUGUUGUGUAAUCGAGUAUUUCAGAUGUUAGAUGCCUUAUUACUUUUAGUUGUCAGAUA